CUCCUUCUUCGUUAUUAUUAUUUUGUUUUUAUUAUUCGGUGUUUCUUACCCUGUGUUUGUGUGUGUGGGGCUACUGAGACCUUAUCAUUUGACUUUUCUUUCUUUCAUUUCCCAAGCAGUAAGUUCAUCACAGUACUCCUAAACCGAGCUUUCUUCUUCUUCUUCUUCUUUUCCUUGUCAUCAAUAAUCAUCAUGACUGUGUCGCCUGCCGUCGUCCCCGCCGUUGCUAAGAAGGACCGGGUGCUCAUCGUCGGUGCCACCGGUUUCAUCGGUCAGUUCGUGGCGGAGGCGAGCCUUGCUGCGGGUUACGCCACCUAUUUCCUCGUCCGGCCUGGACCCAUGAGCCAGACCAAGUCUGCCGUUGUGAAGGGCCUUCAAGAGAAAGGCGCCAUGGUCAUUUAUGGGGCGAUAAAUGAGCAGGAAUUAAUAGAGAAGAUUCUAAGAGAUUAUGAGAUAAACAUUGUGAUAUCAGCUGUGGGAGCCGGAAACUUGCUGGACCAGCUCGUCUUGGUGGAAGCCAUGAAGUCUGUCAAAACCAUCAAGAGGUUCAUGCCAUCCGAAUUCGGGCACGACGUGGAUCGAGCAGACCCGGUGGAGCCGGGUUUAGGGAUGUACAAACAAAAGCGGCUGGUGAGACGCAAGGUGGAGAAGGCUGGGGUACCCUACACUUACAUCUGCUGCAACUCCAUUGCCUCCUGGCCUUACUAUGACAACUGCCACCCUUCCAGGAGCCCCCCACCCUUGGAUCAGUUGCAUAUCUACGGUGAUGGCACCAUCAAAGCCUACUUCGUUGGUGGAGGUGACAUUGGGAAAUUCACAAUGAAAGCUGCAAGUGAUGCAAGAACUGUGAAUAAGAGCCUCCAUUUCCAGCCAGCCACCAAUUACUACAACAUGAACGAGCUUGCUUCCAUGUGGGAAACCAAAGUUGGUCGCUCCAUUCCCAGACUCAUCAUCACUGAGGAUCACCUCCUUGCUGUUGCUGCUGAGAACGUUGAGCCAAGGAGCAUUGUGGCAUCGUUCACACACGACAUCUUCAUCAAGGGGUGUCAGAUGUUCAAGCCAGAUGGACCAGGCGAUGAGGAGAUUGGAACACUGUAUCCCGAGGAAAAAGUAAGGAGCUUGGAGGAUUGCUUUGAGGAUUUUGUUCUGAUGAUGCCGCAAGCGCCGGAGAUGAAGAAGACCACGACGGCGGACCUUAGAGAAAGCAACAAUAAUAGUACUGAUAAUGGAGUUGCCAACAGCACUAGCAACAGUAGCGGCGGCGGUAACGACACUGCCGCCACCAAAAACUCGGCUGUGGCAAAGGCGGUGCCCAUCACGGCCAUGUGUUGAAUCAUCAUAAUCAGUUGAUCAUAUCAUAAAUAUUUAUGAGUACUAUUUGUUUUUUUUCUUUUUAAUUUUUACCAAUAUUGAAGAUUUAAUCCGUGAGAUGGGAGUCUUGUCUAUUUAGAUGGUGUUUGAUGUUGCUGGCACUGUUUGAACAAGAAUAAACCCAUAUAAGUAAUUAAUAUUUUAAGGCUAGCUAUUACUGUUUUGUUUCUACCCCUCCACAACCUCUCCCUUCAUCAAUUGAUCCCUGCUCCGUAAUAAAACAUACAUUCAAAUUGGUAUA